CUUUCACGGGUAGCCACCACCACCACAAACAACAGCAACAAAAUCAAAACUUCACAUCUUCUCAAAAAUAAACCCUAACCCUAAGAUCUCACCGAAUUGAAAAGCCAUGUCAGCUCUAAACCAGAAGCCACUCCGAUGGGGAGAGCUCGAUGAGGACGACGGAGAGGAUUUAGACUUUCUAUUGCCACCAAAGCAAGUAAUUGGGCCCGAUGAUAACGGGAUCAAGAGAGUGAUUGAGUACAAAUUUAACGACGAUGGUAAUAAAAUUAAGAUAACAACAACAACAAGAGUUAGGAAGCUAGCUAAAGCUAGGUUAAGUAAAAGUGCAAUUGAGAGAAGAAACUGGCCUAAGUUUGGUGAUGCUGUUCAUGAAGAUGUUGGUGCUAGACUUACUAUGGUUUCUACUGAAGAGAUCUUGCUUGAAAGGCCCAGAGCUCCUGGUACCAAAAUGGAAGAAACCAAGUUACCAGGUGAUAACUUGGCUCAGUUAGGUAAAGCUGGAGCUGUUCUCAUGGUGUGCAGAACUUGUGGUAAGAAAGGUGACCACUGGACAUCACGAUGCCCCUACAAGGAUCUGGCGGUAUCAACGGAUACCUUCAGUGAUAAACCACCUGCAUCAGAGACUGCUACUGCGGCAUCUGGAACCGCCAAGGCUGCUUAUGUGCCACCAAGCAUGAGAGCAGGUGCUGAGAGAACCAGUGGAUCAGAUAUGAGGCGCAGGAAUGAAGAGAAUUCAGUUCGUGUGACCAACUUAUCAGAGGAUACUAGAGAGCCUGACUUGCUCGAACUAUUCCGUACAUUUGGUCCUGUCAGCCGUGUUUAUGUUGCUAUUGAUCAGAAGACUGGUGUCAGCAGGGGUUUUGGUUUUGUGAACUUUGUAAACAAGGAAGACGCCGAGAGGGCUAUCAACAAGCUCAAUGGAUAUGGUUAUGACAAUUUAAUUCUUCGAGUUGAAUGGGCGACACCAAGAUCAAAUUAGAUUGGUAAUAUUCAAUAUCAGCUGGUGAGCCAGUUUUUGGCUUUCGAUUCGCUUCCCGAGUCUCCUCCUUGUUCUCCUUCAGGAUUUUUGUUGUUUAUAAGGUUACUUAUAUUUAAGAUUGAGCUGAUAGGAUCCCUUUAGGAUUUGAAGAAUGAAUGCUAUUGUUAUUCUUGUUUAUGAUAUUAUUGCUCAUCUUAAUUGGUUUCUGAAA